UUGAGAUUGUGAGUUACCUCUAUGGGUAGAUCUUGUUCUUUUCUCGUCCCCAGUGGAGGGGAUAACCACUUCACCACCCAAGCACGACCCAACAACUCUUUCACGUUUGGCAAGUAUUUGCGGCCAGUGGGUGAUGCGCCAGAGAAGAACCCCAGAGCAGCCGGAGUCAAGCCCACAACGACGACGAUCGACCGGGCCGGGGCCAAUUGCAAUUUUUCCUGUCUAAUUUUCGCUUUUGCUCUAUUCACGACGAUCACGACGACGAUCGACGACGACGCAUAGCAUACGAACGGUCGCCCCUUGCAGCAAGACAAGGCCCGCGCCAAUAGGUUGCGAUCUGCAUGGUGUGGUGACUAGACGGGCAGGUAACUUGCUGGCGGAAAACGCUAGCUUCAGAGCGGUAGUUGAGUUUCGAUCGUCACCGCGUCAAGAUGACAGUGUCCUACGGUGUGGAAAAAUGUCCGAAGCAGUUCGACGAGUAUCGGUGCACCCUAUCGGAGGAGUACCUGCAGAUGGCUAAGGAGCAGCUCCGCGAAGAUGACACCCUGAGGGAGCAAGCUCUGGAGGCGAUGCGAACCUGGAUUGCGAAGCAUCCCUACAUCCGGAGGUGUCGUACGGAUUCGCUGUUCUUGCUACGGUUCUUGCGUCAGCGCAAGUUCUCGAUCCCAUUGGCGUGCGAAACACUGGAGCGGUACCUAGCCAUGCGACAGACGUUCCCGCAUUGGUUCCAGAAUUUGAACCCAGAGCAGGAGGAUAUGCGAGACCUGGCGGCUGAUGGUGUCUUCCAGGCGCUAGGAUUCGACGACAAAGGACGCAUCGUCAUCCUGAUCAAGUCUCGGAACUUCAACGUAGAAAAGUACACGCUUUUGCAUCUGAUUCGCUAUCUGCACAUGUACAUGGAAAUCCUGUCCUGUGACGAGCGCAUCCAGGUCGCUGGAAUCGUACUGAUUGUAGACUGCUUCGAGACAACUAUGAUGCACUUUACCCUAUUCAAUCUAAGUGACAUGAAGAACAUGAUGCCGUACAUCAACCAUCUGCUGCCCGUGCGUUGCAAGGAGAUCCACGUGCUGCGGCUGCCCAAGAUGAGCGUAACGCUGGUGGACAUUUUAUUCACAUUCGUUAGCGCCAAGAUCAAGCAUCGAUUUUUCUUCCACAAGACCUUGAUCGACGCCAAAAAGCACCUGGAUAAGUCGCUGCUUCCGUCGGACCUCAACGGUACCAACGACUCGAUGGAGCUCUCGAUGAACUUCCACAAGCUGGUGCGUGACUCAGAAGACGAGCUGGCCGUGCUGGACCAGAUGGAGAUCGACGUCACCAAGUAUUCGGCCCUGUGGAACCAGAACCAUCCGGCGGCCGGGGGCUGCGGCAAGGAGAGCGAAAUCGAAAGUGGAAUGGUUGGCAGUUUCCGAAAAUUGAAUAUUGAUUAGAUGGGGUCGGAGCAAGGAUUUUUUCGAUGGUUGGAUGUAAAUGAGCACGCAUGGGUGGAAGUGCCUGAGUUGUUCGCGCGCGUGUGUGAAAGUGAUCGUUACGUAAGAGUGGCUAAAUCAUUUGGGUGGACAAAGUCGAAUUUGAGUGUAGAACGUCUCGGAAAUUGACGAACCGUGGAGAUGUGAAGAGGAAGAAAGGUGAAGGGCAGGGUGCGAUCGAACGACAACAGUUUGAAUAUUUUUGGUCGAAAACGUGUUUUUGGCUAUAAAACUUACAAUGCUACCCUCAUUCCAAAAUGCGUUCGGCCUACCGCUGCCAGCCAGUCACCGAUCAACGAUAGAAGACCAAAAGGCAACGGAACAUUGAUUUCGUAACAGUGGUGAUUGUGUGGAAGUACAGGUUGAAGUAGAUCUAAGCCUCAGCCGUAGAAGAAAGUUCAACUCUGGGUAACGACCACCGCUGCCAGGUUCUACACUGCAAAUAGAUAGUUGCCCAGCUGCACGUAAAUGUGAGCUCGUGAAACCAGUUUUCCAAACUGUUCAUUAGAAUGUAAGGAAUUCCGUGUUAUACGUACAUGCAAUGAUGUGUUUUAGUAUUGUCUUAAGAUAUUAUAUGUGAGUGAAAAUAGAGUGAAUUUUAUUAGUAA